UUUUACAAAUUUAAAUUUUCACUUUAUUGUUUUGAUUUAAUUGAAUAAUAAUUUAUUUUGUUCACAAUGUCAAAAGAGGAGGAAUUACAGAGACAGAUUUUAGAUUUACAAAAACAAAUAGCUAAAUUAACGAAUCCAGACGCGCAGGUUAUGGGGGUGUCAGUUAAAUUAUCCGAAUUUUGGCGUGACAACCCAAGAAUAUGGUUCACACAAGCGGAGGCACAAUUCGAAAUAGCGGGUAUUACACAAGAUUCAACUAAAUAUGGGCAUGUACUUUCAAAAUUUGAUGCUCAUCUUGCUGACGAGGUGGAGGAUAUUUUAUCAAAUCCACCAACCAAGGAUAAAUAUCAGCAUUUAAAAGCAGAAAUUAUUAAGCGUUUUUCCACGUCGAAAAAGCAGCGUACUCGACAAUUGUUGAGCGAAGAACAGCGAGGGGAUCGAAAGCCGACUGCUUUCCUUCGCCACCU